CUACUGUGCAAAGAAUGAAGUUAGAAACUCUUUUCAGAUAAAGACAUUUAAGCAUAACCAUAAUUGCUGCAGAGAAGUGAACAACAAACAAGCAAAUAGACAGUGGGUGGUCAGUAAACUUGAGGGCAAACUCAAAAUGCAGCCAACCCUUAAAUGUGUUGAAGCUUUGGAAUAUUUCAAGCAAGAGUUUGGAGUGCACAUUGAAGUUACAAAGAUGUGGAGAGCCAUGAAAGAAGCAAAGCAAUUAGUGGAAGGGAAUGAGAGGAAACAAUAUGCCAAAGUAUUUGAUUAUGCACAUGAAUUGUUGAGGAGCAAUCCUGGAUCAACAGUUAAGAUCAACACAGUGCCAAGUCCAGAAGGUCCACACAAUUUCAGAGGCUAUAUAUUUGUCUUGCUGGCUGUAAGAAGGGGUUUGUUGCUGGAUGUAGACCAUUCAUAGGUCUAGAUGGAUGUUUCCUAAAGAGUGCAUUUGGAGGAAACUUGCUCUCUGCUGUUGGGCUUGAUGGCAAUAACCACAUCUAUGUUAUUGCUUAUGCUGUUGUGGACAUUGAGAACAAAGACAAUUGGAAAUGGUUUUUAACUUUGUUGCAUGAAGAUCUUGGGGAUUACAUACAGAAUGGGUGGAAUUUCAUGUCAGACAUGCAAAAGGGACUUAUUCCAGCUUUACAGGAAGUCAUGCCUGGUGCACCUCAUAGAUUUUGUGUCUUGCAUCUUUGGAAAAAUUUUACAAAGCAAUGGAAAAGCAAGGAACUUAAAGGAAUUGUGUGGCAAUGUGCAAAAUCCACUACUGUUGCUAAGUUUGAAGGCCAUAUGGCCCAUUUGAAGACAAUCAACUGCCAGGCUUGGGAGUAUUUGAAUAAAUGGCCCAAACAAGCAUGGACAAAAGCCCACUUCAGUACAAUACCCAAGGUGGACAAUAUAUGCAACAACACUUGUGAGGUAUUCAAUUCCAGAAUUCUGCAGUAUAGAUGCAAGCCUAUUAUCACAAUGCUUGAAGAAAUUAGAAGUUAUAUCAUGAAAACCAUGGCUGCCCGCAAGGUUAAACUUUCUGGAAAACCUGGACCAUUAUGUCCAGUGCAGUAUAAAAGACUAGAAAAAGAAUUCCAUUUUGCUAAUCAAUGGACUCCCAUUGGGUGUGGUGAUAACAUGGGCCUGAGAUAUGAGGUCCACAUGUGGGGGAAUAAGGUUGAGGUCAAUUUAGGUGAAUGGACAUGCACUUGUGGAGUAUGGCAACUAACAGGGAUGCCAUGCCGACAUGCCAUUGCAACAAUAACUCACAAAGGAGGGAAGCCUGAGGACAUGUGUCAUGAGUGGCUGUCAAUAGAAGCUUAUAAUAAGACAUACCAGCAUUUUAUUGAACCAGUCCAAGGACCACAAUAUUGGGCCCAGACACAGUAUACACACCCUGUUCCACCACAUAAAAGGGUCCAAAGAGGAAGGCCAAAGAAAAAUAGAAGGAGAUCUGUAGAUGAGGACAAUGUCACAGGACAUAAGCUAAAAAGGAAAUUGGCUGAGUUUACAUGUGGAAGGUGUGGCCAAACCAAUCAUAACAUUAGAAGCUGUAAAAAUAUUGGAGUUCCUGUUAGGCCAAAGAAAUAUGUUGCACCAUCAACUUCAAAUGAGGAUGACCACCUAUUAUCUCAAGAUGAACAAGCUUUGAAUGAGGCUGAAGAAGCUGUUGCUCAUGUUCAACAAGAUCCGGUGGAGAUUAAUUUAUCUCAGCCUCAUUUGUCACAAGAUAGUGACAUGGAGUUGAUGGUAAAUAUUUGUCACAACAAAGUAGUUUUAUCUCAACCUAAUUUGUUGCUGCACUCCAUUUUUAUAUAUUACAAUUAUUCAUGUUUGGCAUUUACAUGUAGGUCCCUGCAACUAUUGUUCCACCAAUAA